UAGGAACAUUUUUAAUAUAAGGCGGUUGUAAACAUAUUUGAUGUAAAUGCUCUACUGUAUGCAUUGACGUUUUGCUAUAUUCAUAACUUAUUUGUUGGCUACGUGUACAUUGUCAAGAAUUUAAUCUAAGGUUAAAAUGUUGGAUUUUGUUGUCAUAUUUACGAAGGGAGGAAUUGUUUUGUGGUGCAAAAACUUUUCUGGUCAAAAUUAUUCAGAAUGUGUUAACGACUUAAUACGUAUCGUUAUUUUGGAAGGAAGAAGUAGUGAUUCUAAAUAUUUUGAACGCAGCGAUUUAGCUGUACAAUAUAAAUUGGACAAUGAAUUGGAAUUAAUAUCUUUAAUAAUAUAUCAGAAAGUUGUAAAUUUACCUUAUGCAGAUAAAAUAUUAUGUGAUAUGCAAACUGCGUUUAAAUGCAAAUUUGAAGAGAAAUUGUUGUCACCUGUGCUGCGUUUUCGACUGGAUUUUGACUUCGAUAAAGAAUUUCUUUCCAUGUUAUUAAGCGCUGAAAAAAAUAAAUCUAAAUCUGCACCUAAACAAAUGCGUAGUUUUAACGAAUCAUUAAAAUCAAAGAAAACUGUUGCAUCUAUGUUUGAGGAAAGCGAAAGGAGUAGUAAGCCAAAACAAGUUAACAUACAAAGUAUACUUGAACAUAAUGUUGAACGAACAGGAGAAUUAUCAAAUGAAAAAAUAAUGAUGGAAAACCGUAAAAAAAUGAAGGAAAAAUUACUUGGAAAGAAGUGUACAACAGAGCAAAAACGGAGUGUCAUUUCUGAUAAGGCGGGCAAAAAACCAAGAAUAUGGGAAUUAGAAGGCAGCACAAAAGAUGCUGUUACUUUGGAUCGUUCUAAAAACCAAGAAGAAAAUGUGAAUUUACAAAAAAUAGAAUCUUACAUUGUUGGCACAAUGCAAGGCAGCAUUCCUGAUAUUGAAGUUGUUGCUGAUGACAAGGAAAAUGAUAAUGAAGUAGAUAAUCAUAACAUAAACAAAGAAAAUCGAAAAAUCUCUGGAAUUUUAUCUUAUUUUAAAGGAGUUGUUGGUGCAAAAACAUUGACCAAACUUGAUUUGCAAGAAAUUUUAGAUAAAAUGCGUGACCAUUUAAUUGCGAAGAAUGUUGCUACGGAUAUUGCUUUUAAGUUAUGCGAUUCUGUUGCAGAAAGUUUAGAAGGAAAAAGCAUAGGUACAUUUGAUUCAAUUGCUACAGUGAUAAAAAGUGCUUUAACCGUAUCUCUUCUACGAAUUUUAUCACCGAAGCGUAGAAUCGAUGUUAUACGCGAUGCUUUAGAAGCUAAAAAAAAUAAUAAACCGUACACAAUAAUAUUUUGUGGUGUUAAUGGUGUGGGUAAAUCUACAAAUUUAGCAAAAAUAUGUUUUUGGCUUGUCGAAAAUGAUUUUAGUGUUUUGAUAGCUGCUUGCGACACAUUUCGUGCUGGAGCAGUUGAACAAUUGAGGACUCAUACACGUCAUUUGAAUGCAUUACAUCCACCUCAAAAUCAUAACAAUCGUACUAUGGUUCAGCUUUACGAAAAAGGUUACGGAAAAGAUGCAGCUGGUAUUGCAAUGGAAGCAAUUAAAUAUGCUUCUGACACUAAUGUGGAUAUAGUCCUUGUAGAUACUGCUGGACGUAUGCAGGACAAUGAACCGCUUAUGCGUUCUCUUUCAAAGCUUAUCACAGUUAAUGAUCCUGAUUUAGUCUUGUUUGUUGGUGAAGCUUUAGUAGGAAAUGAAGCUGUAGACCAACUAGUAAAAUUCAAUCAAUCACUCGCUGAUUAUUCUUCUAAUGAUAAUCCACAUAUUAUUGAUGGUAUAGUCUUAACAAAAUUCGAUACAAUUGAUGAUAAGGUUGGCGCCGCUAUAUCUAUGACAUAUAUUACGGGCCAACCUAUCGUUUUUGUAGGAACUGGACAAACUUAUACAGAUCUUAAAGCUAUUAAUGUAAAUGCAGUUGUGAAUUCUUUAAUGAAAUAAAUAAUUUUAAAUAAAAUAUA